GUUCUAUAAUAAUACUGCUCAAACUGUGUUUCUUUGUAUUUUGCAAAUUUGCGGGGGUGUAUCUUAUCGUUUUCCUGUAGAUGCUCAAAGCAAGUCGAACUGGUUCUGCAAUGUAAAAUGCUAGGUAGGCAGUCGUUACAAUAAACACACAGCCUGUGCAGGUUUCUCACAUUAUUGCACAGACACUCGUGAGUGAAUGUCUGAAGUGGAGCGGCAGCAGGACUUUUAGGCUUUCUUAAUCGCUAGCGAACCUACGCGCCUCCUUGGUUUCUUUUUACCCAUCAGGCAAUGAGAUAAUUGGAUCCACGUUUGACAACUCAGAGGUGAGGAAUUAGUUUUGAAAAACCAAGUAGAUCCUUAAUGCUUUUUUUAAUUGAAUUUUGUUUUUAAGUAAGUUCUUGUACUUUUUUUUUUACUUUACCCCCCAAAAAAGGGAAUUUUUUACAUAUAAGUUUAAGGUAAAUUUUUCUUUUAUGUCAAUGUGAUCGGUAAAAAGUGACUAUUUUUUAAUUUAGGAAAAGAAAAAAAAUAAAAUGGAGCACACAAAACUUCCAGAAGAGGAAACCAAAAACCCGACGGAGGAUAUCACAGAGGAACAAUUCCUCAAAGACCUCUACACUUUCAUGAAGAAGAGAGACACUCCAAUAGAGCGGAUCCCCAACCUCGGCUUUAAGCAAAUUGAUUUGUUCGUGAUGUUCAAGACCGUCAACGAUCUGGGUGGCUACCACCAGGUCACCUCCCAUCAGCUGUGGAAGCAGGUCUACAACGUCCUGGGCGGAAACCCGCGAAGCACCAGCGCAGCGACCUGCACUCGCAGGCACUAUGAGCGGCUGCUCCUGCCGUAUGAAUGCCAUUUGAAGGGCAUUUUAAUAAACGCCGUCCCUCAGCCGAAACCUUACCACGACAAGGACAACUCCAGCGGGCAGAGGCCGUCGAAGCGCCGACUACUGACUCAUCAGGGAUCCUUCAGUUUCCAGUUCGAUCCAUACUUCCACUCUUUGCCCCUACAGUUCCCUCAGUUCUACCCCCCGAGUCAGCCCUUUCUUCCCCCUAUUUUCCCUCUCCUGCCCUCAGUGCUGGAGCCGCCCCAUGUCCUAAAGCCCACCGUCCAGCUCCAGCCACCGACUCUUGAUCCCGACACCAACCAGUCGCUGAAGGAGUUGCGGCAGCGGGCCAAGGAGUACACAUCCUCGUUUAGACAGAACGAACCGCUGAACCUGAGCACCAAGGCGUCCAGCUGCGACUCAGAGAGUCCGGCCUCGUCCUUUUCCACGCCGGCAUCUAACAAGAGUCCCAAGUUUUUGAACAAGCCGUCCACCCUCUACGCCCCGCGUCAGUCAGGAGUAGUCAGAAAUGAAGAAACCGGUGACUCCAGUGAAGAAGACACGGCUUUUUUAUAUCCUCCGAAAGCAAAGAAGGCACACGUCGUGAGGGCUUUCACGCCGCCGCACAGCCCUGAAUGCAGCUCGGAAGCUGACGAAGGUGUCCGAAAACCCAGCUCUCUGAAAUCAAGCCCUCUGCUUGAACCAGCAGAAGUCAAACAGGAAGAACGUCAGUCUUCUGUCAGCGAUAGUCAGCCUCAACCAGGAGAAGGAAGGAUGGAGUUCAAAGUGCCGCUGUCUGUGUUUUAUAAGUUGCUCAAAUCCUGUGGCCCCCCUGCCAUGUUGAGCCCUUCCGAGGAUGCUUCAGGUCAGAGGAGCUGCUCCGACGUCGAAGCCACCCAGAUAUUUUACUCAAAACGCCAGAAUUCAGCUGAGGAUUUAAGCCAGAAGAACGAGGCAAACAGCUACAGCCAGAGUCACCUCAGAAGCUACAAACCCUUUCCGUCCGGCAGCAGCCCGAACGCCACUUGGCCCCACGACCCGCAGGAUCCCCGCCGCCACUGGGACAAUACACAGACCAGAGCGUCCUCCAAUGCAGCGAGGACGGACUCAAGCCCCCUCAGAGACUUUUCCUCCCGAUUCCAUGAAGUCCCGGAGGCGGAGCAGAGAGGCGAGAGAAAGCCUCCAGCUCUGCUGAGGAACCCCAACUCAGUGCUGGAUCUCACCAGCGAGGAGCUGGUGAAGCUCAGGAGAAUCAUCCUGAGCACCUCGUGAAGCUGAGAUGGAAGGGACCAACACCACACAGAAGCUAACCCUUAAAAAAAUCGAUUCCUGUUUUGGUGAAGUUACUCUCGCAGUCCGACAGAGCAACAAACCAACGCCCAACUUCAGUAUUAGUGCCAGCUACAGAACAUGAACAUAAAGAUAAACCCAGAGUCUCAACCAAAAAAAAUCUUUUUUUUAAAGAAAAAAAAUGCUUUUGGUACUAAAAAUAAAAUCUGUAUUUGAAGUGAAGAUAAUCCAUUUAAAUCUAUUGUCCAAACCCCAAUUACUCAUGGGGAUUAAGGGCCUUUUUUUGGUUUCUCUUGUCACGUUUUUGGAAGUCACGCAACAAAAAAAAAAAAAAGUAAUAUCUUAAACUGUCAUUUUUUAUUUUAUCUUUUUAAUAUUAAGUUGUGAUAUUAAAGCUAACACUGAAACUAAAUCAAUUUUACAAAAAGUUAAAUGUAGCAUAUUUUUAAGCAUUUUGUACAGAAAUAAAACGUGUAUUAUGAAGUGAUUUAAUCUAAUUAAAGUGUAUAUAAGUGUCAUUUGGUGAUCCUGUAAACAUGCUGUAAUGAUUUAAAUAAUAAAUGUGUUGAAAUGCAUUCAUGCUGUUUUUGUGUAUUUUUAAAAAAGCAAACUUUUUUAUAAACUUAAAAAAUGUUUAUUUUAAAAAUUUCAAUUUUUACCUUUUUUUGGUGGAAGUUAUCAGACUAAAAAAGAAAAAAAGCACAGGGAAAUAUACAAGAAGGCUUCUAAAAAAAAGAAAUUUAAUAUUAAGACCACAGCUUGAAUGAAAGUCUUCAACUCAAUUUUAUGAAAAUCUGCCCUUUGGUCAGUUACUAUUCUGCAAAAUGACAUUAAUCUAAAAAAGGUUUUAAAAAGAAACACUCAGUAUAUUGAAAUUGUAUUAGCCAUGCUUCAGCAUAAAAGGUGCAAGUCCAAACUAUAAUUAUUUUAAUUUUCAACCUUUGAAUCAAAGGCCUUUAUGCGCACAUUUUUUUUUUUUUUUUUUUUUGGAGUGACGGCAGCAUAAAAACAGCAGACACUCCCACCAGGCGCUGAAUGCUUUGCGCAAAUUAUAUAUAUACUAGUAAUUAUAGUUCAUGGGAUUUAAAAGGCCAUUAAAGAAGGAACAAUGUGGGACAGAUCAUCAGUGCAAACGCUGAAUUUGUGGAUUUAUGUGGUUGAC